CAGUAUACUAGUAUAUCUUCAUGCAUAUUCAGGUUGUACGUCAUAAAAUUGAAGUAAUCAGAAAAAGAAAAUAUUAGGAGAGCUAAAGUGUGGUCUUUAUUUGGAGGUGGUUUUUAUUCACAGGUUAAAAUACACUGUUAAUGUUAAAAUGGGAAACAAAACAUGUGGUCUUUAGAGCCAGGUUGUCUCUGUUCAGAGGUGGUCUUUAACACAGCUGUGACUGUACUGCGGUAAUAUACACGUUAAGAAAUUGAAGUUAUGAGAAUGAUCUUAAACCUUUUCUGUUGUAUGCAAAAGUAGUACAGAUGAUGCACCUGUAUUGUAUCAGUCUUGGUUAUAAAUAUUAAACACGUUUCAAGCCUACGGAUGAUUACGUCGAAUCAAGUUAAUAUAUCUAAAUCUAUAAACAAACCAAAGCUUUAUAACUCAUAAAUGUGUUUAGAAUAACGAUAACAUUUAAUCCUCUUCAAGCAUGACUAUGAAUUUUACAUUUAAUGAAAAAUAAACCUCGUUUAUUAUAUACUAGACUGUAUGUGAUAUUUUUUGUUUAGUGUUUGAAAGAAGAGGCGGAAAUUGAGUAAACGUUUGGAAUAUACGCCACCGCAGCUCGGUAGCCUAUUAUUUCGUUUCAUUGGGUCCUAUGCUUCCAAAGGAUCUUCUGUAGAUUUGACAAUUUACAGAACACAAUGAGUGAUACGAUACGCGGUGACCAUCGAAAAUCAUGGAAAUAUCAUGACGUGGACAAAGGAUAUGCUUGGAUUGUCUUAAUAGGAUGUUUCGUGUUGUACACGUUCGUGGUUGGAAGUGUCAAAUCGUAUGGAGUGAUCUAUACUGAGGUGGUCGAGUAUUAUUCUACAGAGUCCGGAGAAACAGCCUGGAUUGGCAGCAUAUCAGUAAUACUUCUGUUUGGUCUAGGGCCUGUAGCCAACCUUCUUUGCAAAAUCUACACAUUCCGACGCAUAACAUUUAUAGGAGGCAUUCUGUUUGGGCUUGGAUAUUUCCUGUCGGGAUUCGUUACACGGAUGGAAUACAUGUAUCUGACAUUCAUAAGUACUGGAAUUGGAUACGGGUUGACAUUUACACCUUGUACGACAAUAAUAAGCUAUUAUUUCGAUAAGCGCCGAUCACUUGCCAAUGGUAUAACCGUGUCUGGAAGUGGUGUUGGGGCAAUAGCUCUUCCAUUUCUGUAUAAGUAUCUCAUUGGGCAGUAUGGUUUGAAGGGAACGUUUUGGAUCAUCGGCGCAAUCUUUUCUAACGUUUGUGUGGCGGCUUGUAUUUUACGACAGCCGACAUAUUUGGCUGAGGAACAAAAGGAACAGAUAACAGCAGAAAACAAUACAAGCGAUGACUAUAAUGUCGGUGAUGGAAACGCUGUUCCGAAGUUUAAUAAAGGGCAUUGUAGAGCAUUAGAUCUUCGGUUUUCUCUUUUUAAAAAUCCGUUAUUUGUUACUUAUGUGCUAUCAUUCAUGUGCUGUGUUUUUAGUUACACUGCAAGUUUCAUUCUUAUUCCGGCCAGCGUAAAGACACUCGGCUAUGAUAAAACUUAUGUGGCACUAAGUGUUACAGUAUUCGGUGGUGUUGAAGCUGUGGGAAGAAUACUGAUCGGAUGGUUUGCAGACUUAAACCUUAUUAAGCGUAAAUACAUAUAUGCAGUUAGUAUGUUAAUUGGUGGUGCGUUCUCAUUAAUAGCUCCACUAUUUGAAAAUUUUGCUUUCAUCGCCUUGUACGCUGCAGUUGCAGCAACGUUUCCAGGAUCGUUCUUCAGCUUGAUUGCAGUUCUUAUUAUAGAUGUUGUUGGAUUAGAGAAUUUUUCGCCUGCUUUUGGAUUACUCUCAUUGUGUUUGACAAUUGGAAUUCUUCCAAGUCAGCCUGCCGUAGGCUGGUUAUUUGACUUGUAUGGAAACUGGCAUGCAUCAUUUAUUUUGACUGGUUGUGUGUACGUUUUGGCCGGAGUCAUUAUACUAUUGGAACCUGUAGUUGUCCGAUGCAGCAAGAGGACGGACGAUAAAGAACCCGAAAAUCAUACACAACAAAAUGAUCGAGACAGACGGAAGGACGGUGCAUGUAGGGAUGAAUUAGGAUCCUUAGAUACUAGUUUCACAUCUUAAAAUAUUUAUUACCUCACAUAACAUUCAAAGCCUAUUAAUCAUAUUCUUUCAUGUGUUAUCAUGCGCAAAGUAAGAUAUGGUUUAAUCAUUGUUUUGGUUUGUUCAGCAAGUAUCUAAGUACUAAAUCAGGGGUUUAUAUUCACACUUAAGAACGGCAAAUAAUCAGUGUGUCAUAACUUUGUAUACAGAAUAUUUAUACUAUUGGAUUUAAGCAUAGCCAUCAUUUACUGCAUAUUUGAUAAAGCCGGAGCAAAAUGAAAAUUUAGCAUUUUAACCCUUAUCAUGCUAGACACGACUGUUUCUGCCUUUGCUACCAGUGUAGAUCAACCUGCACACCCGUGGUUAGUAUCGUUUUUGUAAGCACCGCUUCUAAUAUUUAAUGGUAUUGUCCAACUUGAAAUAUGGACAAGUUCAUUUUAGAAAUUUGGUAGGGUAAAGGUUAAAGUCUGAGUUUCAGACUUUAAACGUUGAUGAACACAGGCCCAAAUAUCAAACUACUACUUGGAUGAGAAAAUUAAAUACAAAUGUGUUAUAACAUAUUGUUCUAAGAAUGUUACAAAAGUUUGCAUUUCACUUAAUAAAUGAUUAUUUUUAAGAUAUAUGCAAACUAUCAAGGCACUUGUUAGAAUAGUUUAACUGUAUUUAGUUUUGAACAUUUUUGUUCCCAGGUUUAAGCAGUUUUGUUUAAACAUUCACUUAGGAUAUCUCUCGGAAGUAUAUAAAGCCGGAAAAUGUGAAACUAAACCAAAUAUCAGCAAUAUUGAACAGAAAAAAGUUUAAAUUCAAGUCGGAACAUAAAUGGGAACACGCUCUUAAUAGCACCUUACCGUGGGAAAAAAUAUGGAUUCAGAUUCCACGUCCUUACUCUUCAAAAAAGGCGAAACAGUUUCAGUGGAAAUUUAUACAUAGGGCUAAUUUUACGGAAAACAGACUAAAUCUUAUGAAAUUAUCAGAUGGGAAAUACAUCAUAUGUAAACAACAUCCAGAAACUUUAAUAUAUUUGUUGUGGGAAUGUGAUUUUGCCAAAGAAAUUUGGAACGUUUUGUCACAAAAAUUUCAAGACCAUUUUUUAAAUCUUAAUCCUCAACAUUUUCCCCUGAAACUCGCUGUACGUUUCGGCUUAUAUGAACAACCCCCUUUAAUAUGCAGAGUCUUAAAUACUUUGAUAUUUGAAACAAAAUGGGCUAUUUGGAAGUAUCGAACUAGUACAAACACAAUAAUACAAAGCAACCUCUUAAAACUUUUUACAAGAAAUAAAAGUCAGCAAUUUAAUAUCAAAUUUUAAUACAAGGUAUUGAAAUUGAAGGUUUAAACUUUAGAAAUGUAAUUGAAACUCUGUAAAUAAUUUUAUUGUGAAUAUGUCUCCUACUUGUUUAUAAUUGGGUACUGAAACAUAGUAGUUGUGCACAUCUUGUUACUCUAUUAUUUCGAUUUCGACAAUAGAUAACGUCGGUAAAAAACAACAAAAUAACGUUGCGUCGUGAAGGUCUUUAAUGUAAAGACCUUCUGUAACAGACAUAUUAGUGUUUUUUUUUCAAUACUUCUAUUUGUAUUUUAAAAUCUAAAAGAAUCCACAAUAUUGUUUAGUCUAACGUCUGAUUACUUUGUAUUUGAAGUUCUUGUUUGUUAUAUUUGUUAGUCAGUUAUAGACUGCAUUAAGUUAAAAUAUCAUAGUAAAUGAACACUUAUUGUACAUCAAUUAUUUGACGUCACAAAUGCCGUCAUGGAUAUUUGAAAAUAUAACUAUCUAUUUUAGUUUAUAGUGGGUAUGUAGUACAAAUAUUAUGCUUUGUUUUUGUAUGUAUAUAUAAAUAUAUAUGUAUGUGUAUUUUUAAAGAAUAAACGGGCCAUAUCUUAUGGUUAAAAAUAGAAAUAAAAAGAUUUAUUUAGGCUGUUCGAACAUUUUAGUAUACAUGCUUAAUCAUUUGCAUAUAAGGGUUUAACAUUUACUUCUAUACAUAUACAUAUACAUAAAAAUAUACACAUAUAGUACAUCUUUUAUUUAGAGACCACCAAGGGGAAGGCCAAAGGUAGUAUCUUGUAUCUUGAAACAAGUGGUCUCUUAAUACAAGUGGUCUCUCAGUAGACGUGGUCUCUCGAGCAAGUUUGAUUUGUAUGUAUAAAUGUAGCAGACCCCUAGAAAUCAUGUCAAAACAUUUCCUGUCAAAUGCUGUCCUGGACGCCACUGAACGACAUGAUUAGAACAUAUUAAAUUUUCAUAACAUAUAAACCUUACAGACAUUGUGUUACUGAAAUCUAGGCAUUUUGGUUCCACGAUUAGUUUUCGUUUACUAGUAAGAAAGAAUAUUCUGGCAAAUCCAUCAAAACCUUUAACGAAAAUCGGUCUUUACUAGAUACUGUUAUAAUGACAAGCUCAGAUUAAAUACUUUUGUCCUUAUUGUUUAUUCAUACACGUUUUUUUCAUAACUGACGUUACAAUGCAUUACAAUAAAAUGUCAGCAUGUAUCAUUUUCACUUGCUGAUAAUAUACGUGAAUAUAAAUUCCUGCUGAAUGGCUCUGUUAGUCGUGGAAAUAGAGUAUAGAAUAGGCGAUCGUUUAAGAUUAGAUAGUGUCCGGUGCUUGAAAAUGUAGUACAUGUACACAACAUACUGAAAAUACAUUUUCUUGUAACCUAUUUGCUCAAAAUGUAUAAAGAUUAUUGUUUGUUAAUUAACAUUACCCCUUUACAUACUAAAAGGAUCGGCCAAGAUAUAAGUCCGAAAGUUUGUGGCAAAAUUUCCUUUGCGAAAAAAUCAUUUGACAGAUUACAUUUCUUCAUUGUCUCGGUCAAUACUGUUAUUGUCUUUUUUCGGUGAAUAUCACGUCAUAUUAAAUGGCUCAAGAUUAGGAAUUGUUUCCAUAUAUCAAAGUACCUUUUUUCGGCUUAAUGGUAUUUGACAAAUUUAAAAAAGAAUGCAUAUUAAUAAGUAUCAGGAAACAGUUAUAAGUAGGUGUAGACCAGUUUUAAACGUGUAAAAGUUGAUAAAUAAAGAAUUUAACAUUAACGAAAUA